AUGGCCACCACUACAGCCUCAGAACCCUUCCCCUUCCCCCGCGAGUACUUCUUCCCCGCCUUCUUCACCCGCCAGCCCAACCUCACCAUCCACCACGCCCAGCUCACCAAAUGGUCCUCCCUCGUCCUCGCCUACGCCCGCCACCACCGAAUCUUCCGCCUCGCCCUCUCCGCCGCCGCCGACUCGGACCUUUUUUACAACCGCCAGCUCGACCGCCGCCUCGCCCCGCCCGAUAUUCGCGAGGUCGUGGAUUUCAUGCGCAAGGAUGGGAGGGCAGAGUAUCUGCAGCCCGGGGACGCUGGUGCCGGCAGCAGCGGUAGCAACAGCAAUGGCGAUGCGUCUACCGCUUCGACUGCUGCGAGUGCAGGUGCUGGCGCUGGGGAUGUGGUGCUGAUAUACUGGCGUAAGCCGCAGGAGUGGGCGGCCCUGAUAGAGGCCUAUGUGGACGAGACGGCGCAAAAGGGAAGCGUGCUGACGGUAUAUGAGCUGACGGAGGGAGAGAAUACUCGAGGAACUGAAUUCCACGGCAUGGACAACGGCGUACUCAUGAAAGCGCUAAACAUCCUCGUCAAACGGGGCAAAGCCCAGAUUUUUGGCUCGGAAGACUCUCUUGGUGUCAAAUUCUUCUGA